CGCGCCAUUUUGGAAUGAAAUUUGGGGAGAUCAAAAAGUUGCGCCAGCUGCGCCAAAACCCUACUACUAAAGUAUUUAAUAUGAAAUGUUUGUUCUAUAAUAAUUUAUGCACUGCUGAACAGUCAUGGUUGCAUAUCAAACAAAUAUUCGUUUAUGAUUAACUAAGCAUAACCUUUGGAGCAGAAACAAAAACUCCUUGUUCUGCAGCAGUUAACACUACAAACUAAAGAAUUUCAUCCUUGAAGCAGAUCUACUGCAGUGCAAUGAUUGCCGAAGUCGUCACUUUCGCAGUCAUUGUUCUGACUGUCCUAGCCUUACUCGAGCGCCAAAGGAAGCCCAAGAAUCUUCCCCCAGGACCUCCCGGUCUGCCAGUGAUCGGAAACUUGUUACAGGUCUUGAAAUGGUCCUCAAAACAUCAGAUUCAAAUCGAGUUUACUAAGGCCGCAAAGCAGUAUGGGGAUGUCUUCAUGCUCUGUCUCCCUGGGGAGCGUACCGUAGUGAUAAGCUCAGCCUCGAUCGCACGCGACGCGGUGCUGACGAAGAAAGACGACUUCUCUGGCAGACCUUACAAGUUCACGUGGGACUACUUGACUAGAGGAUCACGGGAUAUCGCUAUUGGGGACUUCAGUCCGUCCCUCAUAUUACAGCGCAAGAUCGUACAUUCUGCAAUGCGUUCAUACAUGUCUCGGCUUGAAAGCACAGUCAUCCGGGAAGUCGACGAGCUUACCAAGCGACUCCGGUCACACCACAGCAAACCCAUGGAUCCGGGACAUGACUUUUUCUUGACAACACUAAACGUCAUUUGCGCUAUUGUAUAUGGGCAAAGGUAUGAGAUUGACGACCCAGAGUUCCUGAGAAUCGUUGAUUAUAACGAGAAGAUGUUUCGUCUGUUAGCUGCCGUUAAUUUGUUGAAUACUCUCCCCUUCCUGGCGAAGCUUCCAAUCAAGGAUUCAAGGGAUUUAGAGUAUGUUCGCAUAACACGUGACGAGCUACUGGACCGUAAAUUAAAUGAGCACAGAGAGACGUAUGAAGAGGGGAACAUACGGGACCUAACAGACGCCCUUAUCAAGGCUCUUGAAGAAGCGAAGAAGGAAGAUAGCAAAGUGAAAGACCUGAUAACACAAGAUCACGUGGUGCUUACCAUGGCGGACGCGUUCUCGGGGGGCCUGGAAACAACCACGUCGACCCUUCGCUGGUUUUUCGUCUACAUGAUGAGCAACCCAGAAGUCCAAGCGCGCGUGCACGCCGAGCUGGAUGACGUCAUAGGUCGUGAUGUCAUGCCCCGCUGGGAGGAUAAGGACAGAUUGCCAUAUUUGGAAGCAGUGAUUGCUGAAACCCUGAGACUAAGCAGUGUGGUGGCCCUGGCAGUGCCGCACAAGACUAUUCAGGAUACUACUUUGGAAGGGUACGAUAUUCCCAAGGGGACUACAGUGCUUCUAAACAUCUGGGCUAUGCACCAUAACGAGACUGAAUGGACGUGCCCUUUAAAGUUUGAUCCAAGUCGCUUCCUGGAUUCUGAUGGAAACUUCAGUGCUGGUUCCGGUUCUCGAAGCUAUCUACCUUUUGGCGCCGGACGUCGAGUUUGUAUCGGAGAGGCGCUUGCUAAACAAGAACUCUUUGUCGUAAUAUCGAGGCUCAUGCAUCAGUUUGUGAUUGAGAAUCCCACGGGGAGCCCAUUACCGCCUUUUGUUGGGAGUAUGGGGUUGGUUCAUGUAGCUGAACCUUACGAAGUGUGCUUCAAGGAAAGGCUUCGUUCAAUGUAAACAGCCGACAGCCCAUUACCGCCUUUUGUUGGGAGUAUGGGGUUGGUUCAUGUGGCUGAACCUUACGAAGUAUGCUUCAAGGAAAGGCUUCGUUCAAUGUAAACAGCCGACAGCCCAUUACCGCCUUUUGUUGGGAGUAUGGGGUUGGUUCAUGUGGCUGAACCUUACGAAGUGUGCUCCCAGGAAAGGCUUCGUUCACUGUAAACAGCCGACAGCCCAUUACCGCCUUUUGUUGGGAGUAUGGGGUUGGUUCAUGUGGCUGAGCCUUACGGAACUGUGCUUCAAGGAAAGGCUUCGUUCACUGUAAACAGCCGACAGCCCAUUACCGCCUUUUGUUGGGAGUAUGGGGUUGGUUCAUGUGGCUGAGCCUUACGGAAGUGUGCUUCAAGGAAAGGCUUCGUUCACUGUAAACAGCCGACAGCCCAUUACCGCUUUUUGUUGGGAGUAUGGGGUUGGUUCAUGUGGCUGAACCUUACGAAGUGUGCUUCAAGGAAAGGCUUCGUUCACUGUAAACAGCCGACAGCCUCCGGUAUUUUCUUAUGUUUCUGUAUCGUGUUCCCAAAUAUUUGGAGGCCUGUUACGGCACUGAAGAGCAUUGUACAGCAAUCCCAGGAAUAUCUGUGCUAGGGGCCUUUCUCAAUAGAACAUUCAAUUUCUGUGAUCGAUUUGUUUAUAUCUAUUAAAAUUUCACGAGAUGAAAGUUCGCGGCCUUUAUUUUUCGCGAGUCUUUAAGUUUUUUUUAAAUCGCGAAAACCGCGAAUUUAAGUAACACUAAGUAGAAUAAGGUAUUGGGGGAGAGGCAUGAAGAUUAACAGAAAAAUCAAUCACGUGCCCCACCCCCGGCCCUGCUCUUGUAAUGUAUACCAACCCGCUUAUUUAUAGGGAGGCAAUUAAACCAGGAUCCCAAUCUUGUCAUAGUCGGUGACGCCACGCACAGCUCGCUGAGAUAUAAGGUGAUAAAAAAAUACAUGUCUAUUUGGGGCCUUGGGUCCUUUGGGGGCUUGUUAUUGCAUAUGGGCGCAUUUUCUGUCUUAUAUAGGUGCUGUUACAUUUGCAAAAAAAGAAGACGUUAUGUCCUGGAAACCGUUGUUUUGGUAUCAUUUGAAACAAAAUAAAUAAACAGAAAUAAAUAAAGUGUGAUUUUGCCACUGCUCAAAA